GAUGGGAUGCAUUACUUAGUAAAUAGUAGGUUAAAGAGAUUCUUGUGUAUUGUUUAAGCAGUAAGUUUAUAGAUGAUGAAUGUAUAUCCUCUUGCUGACACAAUGAAAUGAUCUGAAAGAAAGGGAAGACAAAGUGGGUCCCACCCCCAUACUAGCGUAUUUAGCUUUUCAACGUUUCUUUCCCGAUUGAAUCAAUUUUCUCUGUCACUGAUCUACCCUUUUUCCUUCGUUUCGGUGUAUCAUCAAUCAAUAUUAUUCUUCCAUUUCUCAUUUUGAUUCUAUUCUUCGUUUCCUGCUGCAUCAUUUCGUACGCUCUUCAUGUCUUCACAAUCCCGAGAUGUUUGUAUUGUUGGUGUUGCAAGGACCCCAAUGGGUGGUUUCCUUGGCUCCCUAUCGUCUCUUUCAGCUACACAACUAGGCUCAAUUGCUAUUAACUCUGCUCUCAAGAGAGCCAAUGUUGAUCCAUCACUUGUGCAAGAGGUGUUUUUUGGAAAUGUUCUUAGUGCAAAUUUAGGGCAGGCUCCUGCUAGACAGGCUGCAUUAGGUGCCGGAAUACCUACAUCUGUUAUCUGCACUACUAUUAACAAGGUGUGUUCAUCGGGGAUGAAAGCUACCAUGAUAGCAGCACAAACCAUUCAGUUGGGUUCCAAUGAUGUUGUUGUGGUUGGUGGUAUGGAAAGCAUGUCAAAUGCACCUAAGUACAUUGUAGAAGCAAGGAAGGGAUCUCGGUUAGGACAUGAUACUAUCAUUGAUGGUAUGCUCAAAGAUGGCCUUUGGGAUGUCUAUAAUGACUUUGGCAUGGGAAUUUGUGCAGAAUUAUGUGCAGAUCAGCAUGUCAUAACUAGAGAUGAGCAGGAUUCUUAUGCGAUUCAAAGCUUUGAGAGAGGAAUAUCUGCACAAAAUGCUGGUCAUUUUUCUUGGGAGAUAGUUCCGGUUGAAAUUUUCAGUGGAAGAGGAAAGCCUUCCACAAUUGUUGAUAAAGAUGAAGGUUUGGAGAAGUUUGAUGCUACAAAGUUAAGGAAGCUGAGACCAAACUUUAAAAAGGUUGGGGGUACUGUGACUGCUGGCAAUGCUUCUAGCAUAAGUGAUGGUGCUGCUGCAUUAGUGCUAGUGAGUGAAGAGAAGGCGCGUGAGCUUGGUUUGCAUGUAAUUGCAAAGAUAAAAGGAUUUGCAGAUGCAGCUCAGGCACCUGAAUUAUUUCCAACUGCUCCUGCCCUUGCAAUACCAAAAGCUAUAACAAAUGCUGGUCUUGAGGCUUCUCAAAUUGAUUAUUAUGAAAUAAAUGAAGCCUUUUCUGUUGUUGCUCUUGCAAAUCAGAAACUUCUCGGUCUUGAUCCAGAAAAAGUUAAUGUACAUGGAGGAGCUGUAUCAUUGGGACAUCCAUUGGGUUGCAGUGGAGCUCGCAUCUUAGUUACAUUAUUAGGGGUAUUGAGACAUAAGGGCGGAAAGUAUGGUGUUGGUGCUAUCUGCAAUGGGGGAGGAGGGGCAUCUGCUCUUGUCGUUGAGCUCACGCAAGGCGCCACUUGGAGACGUUCCUCGUUGUGACCAAGAUCUCACGUCAUACUGCUUUUCAACACUGCUACAACUUGUUUUGGAGGAUAAAACAUAUAUGCUGGGUUAAAGUAAGAAAUGGUAUUGGUUCAGCUUCACAACCAUUUGCAGAAAUGGUAUUAGAACACGAUCCUGAGCAAAUUGCUACAACUAUUCCAGAAAAAAGGAUUGUAUCUGAACCACAGUUUGAUGAUCUCCUGGCUCAAGAAUUGAUCUUUGCAUAACUUUCAACAACUAAGUUGAUCAAACACGUCAAAAGUGCAUGAUUAACCUCAUGCCUUAUUUCCUUCUAAACUUUUUUUGUGCUUUGGUAUUUUGCAAAGUCUGUAAUGAUUAUUGUAUAAAUAAAUAAAUACUCCUACGACAUCCGUGUUGACAAAUUAUUUACUGUUCUACUUUUAUGUGCAGAAUACCAACAGUCUUUUGAUUUUAAGAUCAA